AUGUUGUCCCGCAAUCCAGGCAGCCAACUGAUCGGUCUGGACAUCGAACAACGCGAGUUGGAUCCUAGCCUGCAGAAUCUUGCUCCUCGCAUCGUCUUUAAUCCCAAAGUCAUUUCGCCCCACAAGCACACCGUCUGGUUGGCUGGACAGACGGUCAACGUGAAGUGGGAUCCAUCAAAGUUGCCAGCUGAACUUGGAGACCUUCAUGGAGAAAUUAGACUGGGUUACCGCAAGGAAGGCGAGACGAACGAGCAUCUGAAGUGGGUGCUGCGCUCAAACGUGCCAAUGAAGCUUGGCAAGCAGGAGGUCAAGUUACCUGACGACUUGGAGACCAAGGAGCACGACAUCGUCGUGAUGGGCGAUUCUGGCAAUGCGAGCGAGCCUUUCACGAUCUACAGCAAGGCGGACAAGCAGAAAUGGGCAGAGCAUCUCAAGCCAAAGCCUGGAGCAAAGGCCACCGCCAAGAGUGCCAGUGCCUCUACCGCCCAAGCCGUUGCAGGUUUCGAUGGGGGUAAACCGCAUGCCGAGACCAAGACGACGAGCAAAUCCAAAAGCAAAGCAGAGAGCAAGGACGCUCCCCAACCCCAGCGACGUGGAAUCGAUGUCAAAGUCUUCAGCAAGAUCGCUGCUUGA